UACACCAUCACAACAAUCAUCGCUUCUCAACUUAUGACAAUGAUAAUGACAGAGAUUAUGAACAUUGUGCUCGUAAACAUGGUGGUGGGUGGUGGUACUUCAGCUGUUAUCAGUCACACCUCACAGGCGCCGCUCUCCCUCCUAAUGCGAGCGGCCACCACGCCAUCGUGUGGCGGACCUGGAAACACAUCGUCGGCCUGCGGGAGGUCACCAUGAUGAUACGACCUGCUCCACGACCUUUCAGCACCACGCCUUGAUGACCUGUACCACGCCUUGAUGACCUGUACCACGUCUUGAUGACCUGUACCACGUCUUGAUGACCUGUACCACGUCUUGAUGACCUGUACCACGCCUUGAUGACCUGUACCACGCCUU